AUGAUUGAAAAUCGAUUAAUUGUGCUACUGAGGAAAUCCAAAUCUUUAUCCCAAAAACUUCUGUCGCCGACUACGAAGGAAUGGAAAGCAUCAUUUUCCUCGCCUGGUGUCUUCGCAUGUCAGUCCCAAGCUAGAUUUUACUCUUCAUUUCCGAGACCUUGUCCUGCUACCAAAACCUCGGUCGUACAAAGCUGCUUUGGCAGUGGAUUAAGGUCGUUGCUUCAGAAUAAUUGUAAGGGCAUUCAUAAAUCAUCAUUAAGGAAUUUCACCACAGUAGCCUCUGUACCUGGAAAAAGUAUACAAGGAACGAAACUUCUUGUCACGUCCGGGCCUCAUGCUCAGAAAGCAGUUGGUAUUUGGCUUUUUGUGUCAGCUGCUUGGGUCUUUAGUAUGGUGGUACUUGGUGGUGUCACGCGGCUGACCAGAUCUGGCCUAUCAAUGACUGACUGGAAAUUCACAGGCGGUCUUCCUCCUAUUUCGGAUGAUGAAUGGUUGAUUGAAUUUGAAAAAUACAAGCAGUCUCCCGAGUACAAGCGAAUAAAUAAAGGGAUGAAUCUUGACGAUUUUAAGUUCAUCUACUGGAUGGAGUAUGCCCACCGUAUGUGGGGAAGGGCACUGGGUAUAAUGUUCGCAUUGCCCUUCUCCUAUUUCCUUAGGAAAGGUUACAUUACCCUCCAAUUAGGACUCAAGCUAUCUGGCUUAUUUGCUCUUGGCGCUGGUCAAGGACUAAUCGGUUGGUGGAUGGUCAAGAGUGGAUUAGAGGAACCCGUGUCUGAGCAUGCUGAACCAAGGGUAAGCCCUUACCGGCUUGCAGCUCAUUUGACCUCAGCAUUCAUUAUUUAUUCUGGGCUUUUUUGGACCGCUCUUUCUGUUGUUAUGCCUGAACCUCCCGCUGAGUCCUUAACCUGGGUUCAAGGGGCAGCAAAAGUCAAGCGUAUUGUGCUCCCUGUGAGUAUUCUUGUUGGGAUCACCGCCAUUUCAGGAGCAUUUGUUGCUGGAAAUGAUGCCGGCCGUGCAUUUAAUACUUUCCCCAAGAUGGGUGAUGUUUGGAUACCAGAUGACUUAUUUAACAUGAAGCCUCUAGUACGGAACUUCUUUGAAAAUACAGCAACUGUGCAGCUCGACCAUAGAAUACUUGCGACUGCAACCUUAUUUUCAAUUGGCGGCUUGUGGUGGUCAACAAGGAAACUCGAUAUACAUCCUGCAAUACGGUCUUUAAUAGGAAGCACCGUGGGCAUGGCCGUUCUUCAGGUGACCUUAGGGAUAUCAACUCUGCUAUCUUAUGUACCGGUAUCUCUUGGGUCUGCUCAUCAGGCUGGCGCCCUAACUCUUCUAACCCUAAUGAUUCUUCUGAACCACACUUUGAGACGACCUUCCUUACACCUUCUGAAAACACUUCCUUCUAUAGCAAAAACUGCAUGA